UUACCUACCGUCAUCUACAAUCUAUGGUUUUGUUUCUAGCCUACGGCUUUCCAAUGCUUGUCAUAUCAUUUGUAUUAUUUCCUAGUGAUUUUGUGAUUAAUGAUUUUACACAUUAAUUUAUAGGUAAAAAACUAAUCAAAAAAUAAAAUGAUAAAUUAAAACUACGAGUAGGUAUCACAAAUUUCAAGAUGUGUCGCACGGUACACGCACUCCUACAAACCGUAAUAUGCGGUAUCCAAAUGCUAGUUCGUGUCUUUAUGACAAUCAUAUUAAUGAUAGAGAACUUGAUACGGAUGAUCCUGCAGACACUGUACAACUUCAUAUCAUUUCUGCUUCAAAUGAUAUCGUUGAUACCAAUAUGUGCAGUGUUCAUGUUGACAGCGAGACUCAAAUGUUUCAUGUGCGGGGGAGGAGGACCAUGCCCAGUCAACAGAGGAGGUGCCUGCGACUGUAUCAUGUCUGCUUUAGCCAUCAUCAUCCUGUUCUUCAUCUUCCGGGCCACCGGAGUCCUUGACAAAAUCUUUUAUAGCAUAGGCUAUAUAAAGACAAAGAGCACGGAACUUAGAUUUGUUCCUACCCCCGGAGAUAUAACUGAAUGUUCACGAAAUGAUACAGAUUACACUGAUACUGAUGAAAUAACAGAUGCUCCAUGGCUGACUAUGGAAUCAACGGUUUUUUACGACGUAGUUACUAUAGCUACAUCCAUAGUCGAAGCCAAACCACUGAAAGAAGAUGUAGACGAUAUACCUGAACCGAAACCCCAACCGGAAACACCAACGCCGACAAAUUACUAUCUUAUGAUCAAAAAAUUGAUGCGAACGCAGACCCCUACAAUGAGCAAAAAUUGGACCACUAUUAUAUCCUACAUUGAAGACUGAAAUUGUUUUGGAAUUUUUAAUGUUUGUGAUAGUUUACCCAAUUUUGUCUCCAUAAUUAAAACUUAAGGCAUAA